GACAGAUACCUAGCAUCUAGCAAAAUAAUGGCAGCUGCUUAUCUUGACCCAAACUUGAACCACACACCAAAUUCAAGUACUAAGACUCAGCUGGGGACUGGUCUGGAACGUUCUCCGGGGGCCAUGGAGCGAGUGUUGAAGGUCUUUCAUUAUUUUGAGAGCAGUAGUGAGCCAACCACGUGGGCCAGUAUUAUUCGACACGGCGAUGCCACCGACGUCAGGGGCAUCAUCCAGAAGAUCGUGGACAGUCACAAAGUCAAGCACGUGGCCUGCUACGGCUUCCGCCUCAGCCACCUGCACUCGGAGGAGGUGCACUGGCUGCACCUGGACAUGGGGGUGUCCAACGUGAGGGAGAAGUAUGAGCUCGCACACCCCCCCGAGGAGUGGAAAUAUGAAUUGAGAAUUCGUUAUUUGCCAAAAGGAUUUCUGAACCAGUUUACAGAAGAUAAGCCAACUCUGAAUUUCUUCUAUCAACAGGUUAAGAGUGACUAUAUGUUAGAGAUUGCAGAUCAAGUUGACCAGGACAUUGCUUUGAAGCUGGGAUGUCUAGAGAUACGGCGGUCCUACUGGGAGAUGCGAGGCAACGCCCUGGAGAAGAAGUCCAACUACGAAGUGUUAGAAAAAGAUGUUGGUUUAAAGCGCUUUUUCCCUAAAAGUUUACUGGAUUCUGUGAAGGCCAAAACCCUAAGAAAACUGAUCCAGCAGACGUUCCGACAGUUUGCCAAUCUUAAUAGAGAAGAAAGUAUUCUGAAGUUCUUUGAAAUUCUCUCCCCGGUGUACAGAUUUGAUAAAGAAUGCUUCAAGUGUGCCCUGGGGUCAAGCUGGAUCAUUUCUGUGGAGCUGGCCAUCGGCCCGGAAGAAGGCAUCAGUUACCUGACCGACAAGGGCUGCAACCCUACGCAUCUGGCUGACUUUCACCAAGUGCAGACCAUCCAGUACUCGCACAGUGAGGACAGAGACCGGAAGGGCAUGCUGCAGCUGAAGAUUGCGGGUGCCCCCGAGCCUCUGACAGUGACGGCCCCGUCCCUAACCAUUGCAGAGAACAUGGCUGACCUGAUCGACGGCUACUGCCGGCUGGUGAACGGGGCCACGCAGUCCUUCAUCAUCAGACCCCAGAAAGAAGGUGAACGGGCUUUACCAUCGAUACCAAAGCUCGCCAACAGUGAGAAGCAGGGCGUCCGGACCCACGCGGUCUCUGUGUCAGAGACAGACGACUAUGCUGAGAUCAUAGACGAGGAGGACACGUACACCAUGCCAUCUACCAGGGAUUAUGAGAUUCAAAGAGAAAGAAUAGAGCUUGGACGCUGUAUUGGAGAAGGCCAGUUUGGAGACGUGCAUCAGGGAGUGUACCUGAGCCCAGAGAAUCCAGCUUUGGCGGUUGCAAUUAAGACAUGUAAAAACUGCACUUCGGACAGUGUGCGAGAGAAAUUCCUUCAAGAAGCCUUGACGAUGCGGCAGUUUGACCACCCGCACAUCGUGAAGCUGAUUGGCGUCAUCACGGAGAACCCUGUGUGGAUCAUCAUGGAGCUGUGCACGCUGGGAGAGCUGAGGUCGUUUUUGCAAGUCAGGAAGUACAAUUUGGACCUGGCCUCUCUGAUCCUGUACGCGUACCAACUCAGCACUGCUCUUGCGUAUCUGGAGAGCAAAAGAUUCGUCCACAGGGAUAUUGCUGCUCGGAAUGUUCUAGUCUCCUCUACGGACUGUGUAAAAUUGGGAGACUUUGGAUUGUCCCGAUACAUGGAAGACAGUACUUACUACAAAGCUUCCAAAGGAAAAUUGCCUAUUAAGUGGAUGGCUCCAGAGUCCAUUAAUUUUCGACGUUUUACCUCAGCUAGUGAUGUUUGGAUGUUUGGUGUGUGUAUGUGGGAGAUUUUGAUGCAUGGUGUGAAGCCUUUUCAAGGAGUGAAGAACAAUGAUGUGAUCGGUCGGAUUGAAAAUGGGGAGAGAUUGCCAAUGCCUCCAAAUUGUCCUCCUACCCUCUACAGCCUUAUGACGAAGUGCUGGGCCUACGACCCCAGCAGGCGGCCCAGGUUCACUGAACUCAAAGCUCAGCUCAGCGCCAUCCUGGAGGAAGAGAAGGCUCAGCAGGAAGAACGCGUGAGAAUGGAGUCCAGAAGACAAGUCACCGUGUCCUGGGACUCCGGAGGGUCCGAUGAAGCCCCUCCCAAGCCCAGCAGACCUGGUUACCCCAGCCCGCGGUCCAGCGAAGGCUUUUACCCCAGCCCACAGCAUGUGGCUCCGACCAACCACUACCAGGUCUCCAGCUACCCCGGCUCCCACAGCAUCCCAGCCAUGGCAGGCAGCAUCUACCCAGGCCAGGCCUCUCUGCUGGAUCAGACGGACUCAUGGAAUCACAGACCUCAGGAGAUACCAAUGUGGCAGCCCAGCAUGGAGGACUGUGCAACCCUAGACAUGCGUGGCCUCGGGCAGGUGUUGCCAGCACACCUGAUGGAAGAGCGGCUGAUCCGGCAGCAGCAGGAAAUGGAGGAGGACCAGCGCUGGCUGGAGAAGGAGGAGAGAUUCCUGAAGCCGGACGUGAGGCUGUCCCGCGGCAGCAUCGACAGGGAGGACGGCGGACUCCAGGGCCAGGCUGGAAACCAGCACAUCUAUCAGCCCGUGGGCAAGCCCGACUCCACAGCUCCACCAAAGAAGCCUCCACGCCCUGGAGCUCCUGGCCACCUGGGCAGCCUCGCCAGCCUCAGCAACCCUGCGGACAGCUACAACGAGGGCGUCAAGCUCCAGCCUCAGGAGAUCAGCCCCCCACCCACAGCGAACCUGGACCGCUCCAACGACAGAGUGUACGAGAACGUCACCGGCCUGGUGAAGGCGGUCAUUGAAAUGUCCAGUAAGAUCCAGCCGGCCCCGCCUGAGGAGUACGUGCCCAUGGUGAAGGAAGUCGGCUUGGCAUUGAGGACGUUACUGGCGACCGUGGACGAGACCAUUCCUGUCCUACCGGCCAGCACGCACCGAGAGAUCGAGAUGGCCCAGAAGCUGCUUAACUCCGACCUGGGGGGUCUCAUCAACAAGAUGAAGCUGGCACAGCAGUACGUCAUGACCAGCCUGCAGCAGGAGUACAAGAAGCAGAUGCUGACAGCCGCACACGCACUGGCCGUGGACGCCAAAAACCUGCUGGACGUCAUCGACCAGGCCAGACUGAAGAUGCUGGCUCAGACAAGGCCGCACUGA